UAAACAAACACACGCAGUGGAGUCGUUAUUCUCGAGCUCGGUUGCAGCGCUUUGGCAACACCGGCUGACUCUCAGGAAAGCUGACCUUCAAGGACCGAGUUUUAAAGUCAAACCCGCGUUACAAAUCCAGGACUUUAUCUUAAAAAUCCGGGAUUUUAUCUUCUUCUCCCUCCCUCCCUCCUUCCCCCGGAGUCGGCUUAUGUGACACAUUUAACGUCCCGGGCAGCGAAACGAGCGAAACAUGACGGAGCUGAGGAAGCGAGGCGGAGGCGGAGGAGACCCUGACAGCUCCGAGAAUAUCAGCGACAAGGAGGCCGAAAGUGAUGACAGGCUGGGCCUGCAAGGCGAUGCGGAGGGAGAAUGUGAUGGUGACUCCAAAGCAGACACUCCAGAUGUUCCUUCCUCCACAGCAGACACAGACAACACUCCACAAUACCUGAACAAAGCUCUGGAAGGCCUGCCGCCCAGAUGGAAGAACUACUGGAUACGUGGGGUUCUGUCUUUGGCCAUGAUUUCAGGCUUUUUCCUCAUCAUCUAUAUGGGACCUGUCACUCUUAUAUUAGUGGUCAUGACUGUCCAGAUCAAGUGUUUCCAAGAAAUCAUCACCAUUGGCUACAGAGUUUACCAUUCCUAUGAACUGCCUUGGUUCAGGACACUAAGCUGGUACUUCCUGAUUUGCGUCAACUACUUCUUCUAUGGGGAAACUGUAGCGGAUUACUUUGGGGCUCUGGUGCAGAGGGAGGAACCUCUGCAGUUCCUGGCUCGCUAUCACCGCUUCAUAUCCUUCGCUUUGUACCUCGCAGGUUUCUGCAUGUUUGUGCUGAGUUUAGUGAAGAAACAUUACCGCCUGCAGUUUUAUAUGUUUGCUUGGACCCAUGUGACCCUGUUGAUUGUGGUAACUCAGUCCCACCUUGUCAUUCAGAACCUGUUUGAAGGAAUGAUCUGGUUUAUUGUCCCGAUCUCCAUUGUGAUAUGCAAUGACAUCAUGGCCUAUCUGUUUGGAUUCUUCUUUGGGAGGACUCCGCUGAUCAAGCUCUCACCCAAGAAGACCUGGGAGGGCUUCAUUGGAGGUUUCUUCUCCACUGUGGUCUUUGGCUUCAUUCUGGCCUACCUCCUGUCUCAGUUCCAGUAUUUUGUGUGUCCCGUGGGCUUCAACAGCGAUACCAAUGGGUUUACUGUUGAAUGUGAGCCGUCUGAUAUCUUUGUGAUGCACGAGUACACUCUGCCCGCUGUGGUACAAAACACACUCAGAUGGAAAACGGUGAACCUGUACCCCUUCCAGAUCCACAGCAUCUUCCUCUCUUCCUUCGGGUCUCUCAUCGGGCCUUUCGGCGGUUUCUUUGCCAGUGGCUUCAAGCGAGCCUUCAAAAUCAAAGACUUUGCGAACACCAUACCCGGCCACGGUGGCAUCAUGGAUCGAUUCGACUGUCAGUAUCUAAUGGCCACCUUCACACACGUGUACAUAGCCAGCUUCAUCAGGGGACCGAACCCAAGCAAGGUGCUGCAGCAGCUGUUGAUGCUUCAGCCUGAACAGCAGCUCAGCAUUUUCCACACUCUGCACUCCCACCUGAGAGAGAGGGGCAUGGUCCCCCCAGAUGCUGCCCAGGCUGAAUGAAAGACUGCCGUCUUAAGAGGGUGAUGACUUUAGAGUGAGUUUGUGUAAGCAUGUACACACACAGGCACACACACUCUUUAAAUAUGGCUGUAUGGUGUGUGUGAUCCCAGGCCUCUCUCAGAGCGUCCAUCGUCAUCCUGCCGGCUCUUCAUUUGACUUCCAACCAGAUAAAAAUCAUGACUCUGAACCUGAGGUGACUCUCCAGUCUACGUGGAAUAACCUUGUAGUAAAAAAAACAACAACAAAACGCAAUAACACAACAACGAAACAAAACAAAAAAAUAGGCGGCUUUGUUGCUUUCCACUUGGACCGGCACAUAAACUACAACACGCUUCAUAAGCAAACAGGCAGUCCCCAGCCUAAAAAACUUACAGACUGAAGAUAAAAUGUCUUAUCGAACAAAGUGGACUCUUAAGCACAUGACUUCCUCAGCACAAGUGGAUGGUGGAUGUGCAGUUUCCCUGUGGACGACAAAAAUUGCACUUUGGCUUUAGCUGAACAAACGGAUUUUAAGAAGCAUUUACCAGCAUAAACUGGGCCCAAAGUGUUGGACACCUGGACCUGAGCUACAGCAAAGACUGUUGAGACUUGUCUUCCUGGGAUUUGGGAAUGGGUGUAGCAAUGAUGCACCACGGUUGUCAAACAUACUCGAGACACUGUUUUAUAGACUACAUUCUAUUUAAUAGUCAUGAACUCACAGCAUUAACAAAACAUGUAGCAUGUAUGCUGUAGUAGUAAGUCCUGUCUUGGCCUACUGCUAAGCUAAGCCAUGUUUAUUCUCUUCUUCCACGGCUUGAACUUUUAGCUUUUAGGUUUCGGUCUAAAUCUAAAUAACUUGCACAAUUAAAGUCAAUAGCGAUUGACUGUAGGCAUGUUAACACAGAAACUAGAGCAUCGACACUCAAGUUAAUGUAUUGUACAUAAAUAUACUGGAAAUAUUUAGCAGAACAAAUACCUAAUACAUAUUAUAACUACUUGUGUGACCUGCUGGGGAUAAGAAAACAUUUUUAAGCUAUGACAAAUGAUAUGCAAAAAGAAAAAAGAGAUGUAACUACUUUGUAGCUUUUAGCAUGAACAAAUGAGAUUUUUAUGAGGUAGCGAUGUAGAUUUGAACCGAGGUUGCUGCUUUAGAGGGUGUGCUAGGUGACCCUUUCCUAGAGAUUGUAAAAAGAAUUUAAAGGAAUAGUUUGACAUUUGGAAAAUAGGCUUACUCUUGCUGGGCAUUAGAUUAGAAAAUCAAUACCACUUGUGUUGGAGUGAUAUGGAGCUAGAGCAUAGAAGCGAAUAGCAUAAAGACUGGAUGCGGGAGACACCACUAGCCUGAGUCUGACCAAAGUUCACCUGUAAAGCUUACUAAUUAACACAUUGUUGGUGAACAACAGUUGCGUGCAGUAAUUUCCUCUUUAGUCGUCAUGGCCAAACAUGCAAAAUUGAACAGUUUGUGCAAGGUAAUGCACACAAUGACGCACAGCACACAGUUCUAUGAAGCAGCUGACUUGGACACUUCAGACUACAUUGGAAUGUAAAUAAUCACAAUUUGAAUUUUUCUAACCUGGUAUUCCUGUCCUCUUGACUUUUUAAACUGUUGAUUAAACAAAUGUGCCAAUUUUUGAGCUUAAGACACGCAACUUUGAAGAAAGGUUACAGUUGAGCUGUUUUCCCGUGCUUUCAGUCUUUAUGCUAAGCUAGGCCAAUCGCCUCCUUGCUCUAAACCCACAUAAAUGAGCGUCUAUUGAUCUUGUGAUCUAACCCCUGGAAAGAAAUCGAAAAAAGUGCAUUUCCCAAAAUGGUGAACUACUCUUUUAAAAAAAACAAAGAAAGACUGUGCUUCCUUAAUUGAUUCGAGCGAUGACUUUAGUUGCACUGUAGCAGUGGGGGUGGAGACGGUCCGUCAUCCCCAGACUCAAUGUUUGUUAAACUGCUAAAUAAAAAUCUAGAGUCUUCUUAUG